AAGCCGCCAUUUUGUUUGUGCGGACAGACCGUCAGAAACAGGAGGAGAUAACCGAGAGAAGGAGCGACUCCGGCAGCCGACUGCAGCCGCUCCGGGAACCGCCGCGGGAGGAAAGAGUGGCGAGAUCCUGUCCGUGUUAUCAGGAGAGAGAAAGCAUCACCAAAAAAAGAUAAGACGUCAGUGGAGGGAAAACCGAGGCGGCGAUAUAUAUGUGUGCAUGAGAAGGAAAUACUCCGAAAAAAAAAAAAAAUCCAAGGAAGGGGGUGUUUUGCGGAGCGGAGACAGAGAGGAGAGGCGGAAGAGGGCAAUAUAUUAUCAUAACGAGGAAAAACCUGCGAGAAAAAAGGGGGAAAACAUCAACAUGAAAAAUCAUUAUGUGUCCGUCGCGGAGGAAGGAAAGAGUCCGCAUAGACAAUUAUAUAAAUAAAUUGCUGCCGGGCAGAAGGGAGAGGUGGAAAGAAAGACGGGUUUAAAGAGAGAAGGGGAAAAUUGCCAGGAUCAACACGAAGGGGGGCAUUCUCCAUCACAAAGAGUCAAUGAGAGGAUUUUCUCAGCCCAAAAUAUUUUAGGGGGGGUGUCAACAUUAGUGUGCCGAUCUGAAGCUUUCCGCUUCCGAAAUAGCCACAAUUUCUCAGCGACCCAGCGUCAAUUUUUAUCACAUUUUCGUCUGUCGCCGUAGCUGUGCUCCGGGCUUUUUUUUUUUUUUUUUGCUUAAGAUAUUUCCCUUUUCUCUUCUCUUGCCUUGCCAAGACAUCCUGUGAGCAGAGGGUGAGAUGUUCAUUUUUUAUUUUUUUUUAAAAAAUUUUUAGAGUAUUAAUCUUUCUCCUCGCGAUCUGAGAUAUCAAGUGUUUUAAACCACACGAAAGCCGGAGGAGGAACCUCUGCUGGAGCACAAGAUAAGUAACCCCGCGGAUCGUCCUCUGCAAAAUAAAAACUAAUUGGAUCAAUCUCACUGGCGGCUGAUUGGCAAUCCGCGCUGUGAUUGCCCCCCCCAAGAACUAAUCUGUCAAAGAAAUAAAAGUCUGCACCGGGAGUGGGUUGCAGGAGAGGACUGAUUUUCGACGAGAUUUUCCAACCUUUGCCAAAAACCCCCGCUGACUGCAAGAGGCGUAAUCGCGCAGAAGGGUUGCAACAACCAAAUGUGCAAUACGAGUCUGCUCUUUCUGACCCAGUGCCUUGCAUGGUCAAACACUAAGUGCACAAUUCAGUCGACAUGCACACGCGAACGAAAACUCGUGCGUGGAAGUAGACACCCGCGAUAGAUUACCUGUUUAUCUGAGUAACUUGCAAGUGUGGGACUCCCGUGUUUUCAUCUUAUUUUGCAGAACUGUUUUGCUAUUUAUCCAGUUACUGACAAGCCAAUGCAAGUUUUUUCCCCCCUCUCUCUCUCUCGGUAUUGCACUUGAGAGAACCACCGACGCUUUAAUCGUAUUUUUAAAAAACUGCUGCCGGUGGUCUCCACUCACCGGUGGACUGCCUUCAUGGCUCUGGAGACGUAAAGAGUCGCACUGCCAGCGUUGGGAUGUCUGGUCAGGUGAGAGAAACGGUAAAUGCAGCCGAGGGUCUCGUAACUGUUGCAUGAGAGAACUGCCUCCAGAAGUUACCACAGGGAGACUCCUGGCUCGAGUGCUCGGAUCACCAUUAUCACCUUCGUGUCCUGACAGAGUCUCUCCGCAGAAGUGAUUCAGACCUGAAAUACGGGAUUUUUCUCCGCCGACUAUGGCGGACAGGACUGAGUGCAGCACGGAGGACGGAUAUCGGGACAUUUUUUGAGUCGCAGAGGAGGCUACAUGAGGUUGACAGAGGGCCGCACGCUUGCCUUUUUCGCCGACUCCACCUUCCCACCUCCUCCUGUUCAAAUCUGUGAAGAAACAAAAUCUCCGACAGGGGAGGGGGACUGAUAUCUGCAGAGAGGAAUAAAUCGAGAGGGAGAACUGUGAGGGAAAGAGUUCAACAUUGCUUUCCUCUCCCCUACCGUCCCCCCGAGCGGUGGGGGAACGAUCAGAAGCUGGUCUUAAAGGGAUAAGGAGACGCAAAUAAGGGAAAUACGUUUGCCCUCCGUGGAUCUACACCAUUUUUUUAAUUCGUCAAAAAUAUGGCCGAUAAUGUCCUGGAGUCCGGCCCGCCUUCAGCCAAGAGGCCCAAGCUGUCCUCUCCAGCUCUCUCGGUGUCUGCCAGUGAUGGAAAUGAUUUUGGUUCACUCUUUGACUUGGAGCACGACCUCCCAGAUGAGCUCAUAAGUUCCUCGGACCUGGGACUGACUAACGGAGGGGAUGUCAACCAACUCCAUACCAGUCUUGCAGGGCUCGGAGGAGGCCUCGGUUUGGGAGGCCAGGAUGCAGCUGCAAAACACAAACAGCUGUCUGAACUCUUGCGCGCAGGAGCACCAGCACAGCAGGGAGGCCCUACUUCCAACAGCACAGGGCCCGGGGCUUCCAUGGGGAUGAUGGGGGGUGUCGGUGUUUCCCCUGGUGGACCUCAGGGCAUGCCCCCCCAAGGCCAGCAGCAGCAGACUGGAUUAAUGCAGCAGGUUGGGAUGGUUGGAGGGGUGGCAGCACUCAGUCGGGCAGCUGCCAUGAUGGGUGCCCAGAAGGGCAAUCCUGGACAGCAGCAGCAAGGCCUGAUGGGGGGGCAGGUGAUGAAUGGCUCGCCAAGAAUGGGCUACCCUGGCAGUGGAGGCAUGGGUAACAACAGUAAUCUGUUGGCAGAAACCCUGCAGCAGCAGGGCGGUCAGCAAAUGGGACCUGGGGGUCAGGCAGGGAUGAGACCGCAGCAACCCGGAGCACUGAACAAGAUGAAUAUGAUGGCCAACGCGGGCCCCUAUGGUGGUCCGUACGGCCAAUCGGCUGGCCAGGGGCUGCCUGGAGCAGGGCUGGGCCCACAGCUCCAGAAUAAGGCGGGUCUGCCCAACAAUAUGGCCAACCAGUUUAGCAUGGACAAGAAGGCACCUCCGGGUCAAGGGAUGCCUGGGAUGGCCUCGCAGCAGCAGCCUGGAGCAGUUGGUGGGGUAUCCGUAGGUGGUGCAGCAGCAGUGGGAGGGGCCCAGGUUGGGCUCAAUGCCGUGGGGGCGGGUCCCGGCACAGCGCCCCCUACAGCAGACCCCGAGAAACGGAAGCUGAUCCAGCAGCAGCUGGUCCUCUUGCUCCACGCGCACAAGUGCCAGCGCAGGGAGCAGGCCAACGGGGAAGUGCGGCAGUGCAACCUGCCCCAUUGCCGCACCAUGAAGAACGUGCUCAACCACAUGACUCAUUGCCAGGCUGGCAAGUCCUGCCAGGUGGCGCACUGUGCCUCAUCCAGACAGAUCAUCUCUCAUUGGAAGAAUUGCACAAGACACGACUGUCCUGUAUGCCUGCCACUGAAAAAUGCUGGAGACAAGAGGAAUCAGCAGUCUCUUGUAAACAGUGCAGGGGUGGGUUUAGUGAACUCUUUAGGCUCAGGGGUGCCAGGUGGACAGUCCAACACACCCAGCCUGAAUCCUCCCAACCAGAUCGACCCCAGCUCCAUAGAGAGGGCCUACGCUGCCCUCGGUCUCACUUACCAGGGCAACCAGAUACCACAGCAGCCAACACAGGCCAACAUGCAGAACCAGGGGCUACAGGGCCAGCCUGGGAUGAGGACUUUGAACUCCAUAGGAGGAAACUCUAUGGGAGUGAAUGGUGGAGUGGGUGUGCAACCCCCCAACCAGCAGUCCCCCCUACUGCCAAACGCCAUGUUGCACAGUAGCAUGAAUGCACAGAGCUUGAUGAAUGAUAGUGUGGGGAACCUAGGCUCCAUGCCCACGGCGACUCCUCCUUCUGCUGCAGGCAUGAGGAAGUCUUGGCAUGAAGACAUCACACAGGACCUCCGCAACCACCUCGUCCACAAGCUCGUGCAGGCGAUCUUCCCUACUCCCGAUCCAGCUGCGCUGAAAGAUCGACGGAUGGAGAAUCUGGUGGCUUAUGCUCGUAAAGUCGAGGGAGACAUGUAUGAGUCAGCCAACAGUAGGGCGGAGUAUUACCACCUGUUGGCAGAGAAGAUCUACAAGAUCCAAAAGGAGCUGGAGGAAAAGAGGAGGACACGACUCCAGAAGCAGGGCAUGAUGCCGGGACAACCUGGCAUAGCCUCUCCAGGCCUCCCUCAGGGGCCGCCCAGCAUGGGACAGCUGCCCAUGGCUCCUGGGCAACCUCCAAAUGGUCCUCACACCGAUCCGUCCAUGGUCCGACCGACUGGACCUAAUCAGAUGGUCAACAGGAUGCAGAACCCAGCAGGAAUGAACCAGUUUGGUCAGAUGGGGAUGCAGUCGAUGGGUCAGAGAUCGACACCUCCUCUUCCUCUAAAUGCUCCAGUGAACCAGAUGGGUAUGGGAGCAACAAGGAUGGGUCAGCCCAAUGCCACACAGUUACAAAAUCAGUACCUCCCACCGGGCCAGUUUCCCGGGUCCAGUCCUGGGCGUGGUUCUGGUCCUGUUGGCAUGAACCAGCCUGGAGCACAGACCGCUGUGCCAUCGCAGAACCCGAUGUCAACGCCGCCUUCGCUCCCAGCCAGCAGCCCUGCAGCACAGUCUGCCUCUUCCACUCCAGGCUCCGGAGGCCCUGGAGGCUCCAUGGGGCCUGGUAGUGCCAGUGGUGCUGGGCCCCUACCCAACCUGCCUCCAUCCUCCACCCCCACGCAGCCCAACUCCUUCCCUCACUGCCCACCCAUCCGCACGAACUCUCCCUCACCAGCACGCAGCUUAACGCCUCAACCCCAUCAAACACCGCCAACGUUACCUGGUUCUCAAACCCCACAGCCACAUACUCCUGGCACACCCCAGCUGCCCCCUCCACAGCACCCCCAGCAGCAGCAGCAACAACAGCAGCAACAACAGCAGCAACAACAACAACAACAACAACAACAACAACAACAACCGUCUUCACAGCAGCAGCAGCAGCCGCCAUCGAGCCAGGUGGUGAACUCUGAGAAGGCCAAUCAGCUUCCACAGCAAACGCUUGGGGGUGGGGCUUCCUCAGGCCCCCAAGCAAGUCAGGCUUCUUCAGUGCCUACCCAGAAUACUCAUGUGCCAUUGCAGCUGCCACAGACCCCACUUUCUGCAAAGCCUUCUCUGACAGCCGACGGACAGGUGUCUUCUCCAGCCUCGGUCAGCAGCAGUACUGAACCCAAGUCCCAGCUCGCCCAGACGGACGGUCCUGCUUCCAGCAAGGAAGACGUAAAAAUGGAGGUGAAGAAGCAGGAGGAGGAUGACGACGGGGCUGAAAGUCAAGGAGAGGGCAAGGGGAAGAUGGGAAAGGGUCAAAUUGACGUGAAGAAGGAGGAGAAACCUGAGAUAAAGAAAGAGAAGCCAUCAGGAGAUGGGUGUAAAGGAGAGCCCAUGGACACAUCUUCAUCCUCGGUGUCAUCGUCAGAAACAUCAGGUGAAGACAAGAAGCCGGAGGUGAAGAAAGAACCCAAAGAGGAGGAGGAGGGAUCAGGGUCAACAGCCACCAACAGCUCCCCAGCCAGCGCUCAGAGCAAGAAGAAAAUCUUUAAGCCAGAGGAGCUGCGUCAGGCUCUGAUGCCCACCCUAGAAGCUCUGUACCGGCAGGACCCUGAGUCCCUUCCCUUCCGUCAGCCGGUGGACCCCCAGUUACUGGGAAUACCCGUACGUAUUCGAACUAGUAACAAAACUAACCUGGACUACUUUGACAUCGUGAAGAACCCCAUGGACCUGUCAACCAUUAAGCGGAAACUGGACACGGGACAGUACCAGGAGCCUUGGCAGUAUGUGGACGAUAUCUGGCUGAUGUUCAACAACGCCUGGCUGUACAACCGCAAGACGUCCCGCGUCUACAAGUACUGUUCCAAGCUGGCUGAGGUGUUUGAGUCAGAGAUUGAUCCUGUCAUGCAGGGUCUGGGAUACUGCUGUGGGAGGAAGUAUGAAUUUUCCCCCCAAACUCUUUGCUGCUAUGGAAAACAAUUAUGCACCAUCCAACGGGACGCUGCUUAUUUUAGCUACCAGAACAGUUCACCAAAAUAUGGGCUUCUUGCUGACAGGUACCACUUCUGUGAGAAGUGUUUCAACGAAAUCCAAGGCGAGAGUGUUUCCCUGGGGGACGACCCCUCCCAGCCUCAGACGUCCAUCAACAAAGACCAGUUCCAGCGAAAGAAGAACGACACACUUGACCCUGAGUUGCUUGUGGAAUGUAUUGACUGCGGUCGUAAAAUGCAUCAGAUCUGCGUGCUGCAUCAUGAAACCAUAUGGCCAUCAGGCUUUGUGUGUGACAACUGCCUCAAGAAGGCUAAUAAGACGCGGAAAGAAAACAAAUACGCAGCCAAAAGACUUCCUCAGACAAAGUUGGGGGGCUAUUUGGAGUCGCGAGUGAACGAGUUUGUCAAGAGGCAGAACCACCCUGAAUGUGGCGAGGUCACCAUCCGCGUGGUCCACGUCUCAGACAAGGUGGUUGAGGUCAAGCCAGGCAUGAAGUCCAGGUUUGUCGACAACGGAGAGAUGUCCGAGUCCUUCCCGUACAGGAUGAAAGCCCUGUUUGCCUUUGAGGACAUCGACGGAGCAGAAGUGUGUUUUUUCGGCAUGCACGUUCAGGAGUAUGGCUCGGACUGCCCGCCUCCCAAUCAGAGACGAGUGUACAUCUCUUACCUGGACAGCGUGCACUUUUUCAGACCACGACACCUCAGGACUGCUGUCUACCACGAGAUCCUUCUGGGCUACCUGGAGUAUGUGAAGAGGCAGGGGUUUACAAAUGGUCAUAUCUGGGCCUGUCCACCCAGUGAAGGGGAUGAUUACAUCUUCCACUGUCACCCAGUGGACCAGAAGAUCCCCAAACCAAAGCGCCUGCAGGAGUGGUACAAGAAGAUGUUGGACAAGGCUGUUUCCGAACGCAUUGUCCAUGAUUACAAAGACAUCUUCAAGCAGGCAACAGAAGACCGGCUGACCAGUGCCAAGGAGCUGCCAUACUUUGAGGGUGACUUCUGGCCCAACGUCCUGGAGGAGAGCAUCAAGGAGCUGGAGCAAGAGGAGGAGGAGAGGAAAAGGGAGGAGAACAGUACCUCCAAUGAGAGCACGGAUGUCAGUGGAGCCACAAAAGGAGACAGCAAGAAUGCCAAAAAGAAGAACAAUAAAAAGACAAGCAAGAACAAGAGCAGCUUGAGCCGAGCCAACAAGAAGAAACCAGGGAUGCCCAACGUUUCCAAUGACCUCUCCCAGAAGCUCUACGCCACCAUGGAGAAACAUAAGGAGGUGUUCUUUGUCAUCCGUCUCAUUGCUGGCCCCACUCUUAACUCGCUGCCCCCCAUUACUGACUCGGACCCCCUGAUGGCCUGUGACUUGAUGGACGGCCGCGACGCCUUCCUGACUCUGGCCAGGGACAAGCACCUAGAGUUCAGCUCACUCCGCAGGUCCUUGUGGAGCACUAUGUGUAUGUUGGUGGAGCUGCACAACCAGAGCCAGGACCGCUUUGUCUACACCUGCAAUGAGUGUAAACACCACGUGGAGACCCGCUUCCACUGCACUGUCUGCGAGGACUAUGACUUGUGCAUCACCUGCUACAAUAUUAAAGGUCACGAGCACAAGAUGGAUAAGCUGGGGCUUGGACUGGACGACGACAGCAACAACCAGGCAGCAGCAGCUACCCAGAGCCCAGGAGACUCUCGUCGUCUCAGCAUCCAGCGCUGCAUCCAGUCUCUGGUCCAUGCAUGUCAGUGUCGCAAUGCCAACUGCUCGCUUCCGUCCUGCCAGAAGAUGAAGCGUGUCGUUCAGCACACAAAAAGCUGCAAGCGGAAGACGAAUGGUGGCUGUCCCAUCUGCAAGCAGCUCAUCGCGCUUUGCUGUUACCAUGCCAAACACUGCCAGGAGAACAAAUGUCCCGUCCCGUUCUGUCUGAACAUCAAACAAAAGCUCCGGCAGCAGCAGCUGCAGCACAGGCUCCAGCAGGCCCAGAUGUUGAGGAGGAGGAUGGCCAGCAUGCAGAGAGUGGGGCAGCCAGCAGGAGGGCCACCAGGAGGACCUGUUGUAGGACUUCCAUCGCCAGGGAACAACGGUACCACGGCACCCAGUACCCCAACUUCUGGUGGAACCCAACCCCCAACACCUCAGACCCCAACUCAGGCCAUGCCUCCAGUCCCGCAGCAGGGACUGGGCCCUGGAUCCGGAGUCCAACAGCAACAGCAGCCAGGUGGGAUGCCCACACAAAGUGGCAUGCCUCCUCAGCACCCCCUUCACCACCAGUUCCAGCAGAUGGCAGGUGGGGGAGGUGGGACUGGGGGGAUAAUGAGCUCUCCCCAACAUCAGCAGCAAAUGCUUCCUCAGGUCCAGCAACAGCAACAAAGUGGAGCAGGGACCAACCCUCAACAGCUCCAACAGCACCCAAACAAUUUGCCUCCAUAUGCCAGCAGACCCCCGGGCUCCUCCCAAAUCCAUCAGUCCCAGGGCAAACCGGUCCUUGGCUCUGCAACACCUCCCCAGCAGCAGCCUAGUGGUGCUGUCAUGCCUGGCGGUGCUGGGGGCCCACAACCUCCCAAUCAGCCCCAGGGCCAGCCUCCCAUUCCACAGCAGCAACAGCACCCCCCCUCUGGCCCUCCACCUGCAGCAGUAGAAAUUGCCAUGAAGAUCCAACAGGUAGCCGAUGCUCAGAGAAAGAUGGCUCUUCAGAGACAAGCAGCCCAGGCAGCUGCAGGCAUGAUGCCUCCCCACCCUCACCAUCAGCAGGGUCAGGGUCAACAGAUGGCCAUGGGACACCCAGGGGCAGUAGGGAUGGUUGGACCCCAGGGUAUGCCACCACAGAGCCAAGCAGCUGUGGCAGCUGCCCGAGCUCACAUGGAUCAGCCACAGGGUGCACCAUCAGGGAUGAUGGUUGGUGCUGGUGGGCCCAUGCAGCAACCCCCUCAGCAGGGUAACCUGCCCCAGGGCCAGCUCCCCCCUCAGGUACAGCUUCAGCAGCAGAGGUUGGGUGCUCCCCUUCAAAACCCUCAACAGCAGCAGCAGCAGCAGUGGGCAGGCCAGGGGAUGCCACCUCAGCAGAGGCAAGCUAUGAUGAACCACAUGGGCCAUCCAGCCAUGAUGGCAGCUCAACAGCAACAGCAAAUGCAACAUCAGCAGCAGCACCAGCAAGCUCAGGGCCAUGCUGCCUUGAUGAAUAUGGCACAACAGCAGCAGCAGCAAGGCAUGGGUGGCAGGGUCCCGGGCGGUGCAGUCCCUGGAGCUACCGGUGUCCCAGGGGUUGGUGUUGCGGGUGGAAACAUCCCCCAAGCAGCCCUUCAGGAGCUGUUACAGACUCUCCGCUCACCUAGCUCACCGCUCCAGCAACAGCAGGUCCUCAACAUUCUGCGCUCCAACCCACAGCUCAUGGCUGCUUUUAUCAAACAGAGGGCCUCAAAGUACAAGGGGGUGCAGGGAGGCCCCGGUGGACCCAGUGGUGUCCCUGGAGGUCCUGGACCCACAGGGGGUCCUGUUGGUAAUGUAAUGGCAGGAGGGGGCUCACAGGUGAACAUGAAUGCUGCAGGUCCUGGCCAGCCAGGUAUGCACAUGGGGGGUCAGGGAGGGACAAAUGUCAACAUGGCCACGAUGGCGCAGCUACAGCAAGUCCAACAGCAGCAGCAGCUACAACAACAGCAGCAGCAGCAGCAACAACAACAACAGCUACAACAACAGCAGCAACAACAACAGCAGCUACAACAGCAGCAGCAGCAACAACAACAACAACAACAACAACAGCAACAACAGCAGCAGCUACAGCAGCAGCAACAGAGGCCGAUGCUCAGCGGUUUACAACAACAGCAAGUGGCAGCUCUCCAGCAGCAGCAGCAACAACAACAGCAAGGGGGAGGUCGAGGCAUGCAGGGCCAGGGGCCACAAAUGGGAAAUCUCAACAAUCCCCAGUUUAGAGAGCUGCUCAUGAGGCGGCAUCUCCAACAGCAACAGCAGCAACAGCAACAACAGCAGCAACAGCAGCAGCAGCAACAACAGCAAAUGGGAGUCAACCAUGGUCAGUUCCAGCAGCCACAGCCACCACAGGGGCAGGGCUACAUGGGGCAGCCUGGAAUGCAGCCUCCUUCAGUGGGACAAGGUCCACCUGGGGGUCCGCCUCUUGGCCCUCAGCAGCCUGGGGGUCCCACAGGACAGCAGGGGCAAGGUUAUCCAGGCUCAGUGGCCCAGCAGCAGGCCACAGCUGCACUCCAGCAGAGGCUACAGCAGCAACACCACCUCCAGAUGCAGCAGCAGAAUGCAAUGGCUGGCCUGCCAGGAGGUGAUGCAGGUGGAGGGGGUGUAGGAGGUCCUCAACAGCCACCUCAGGGUCCUCAGCCAACUCAGACUGGCCCCCCACCUACAUCUGCUCUGCUCCAACAGGCUCUCCACCAGAGACUGCUCCAGCAGCAACAACAUCAGCAUCUUGGUCCUGGGGGGUCACCAGCCCAGCACAGCAAUCCCAUGAGCCCUCAGCAGCCGCAGCAGAUGGCCCAGUCCCCACACCCACAUCUGCAGGGCCAGGCACUGCCCACAUCACUGGCUAACCAGGUGCGGUCCCCACAGCCUUCACCCAGACCGCAGUCCCAGCCGCCACACUCCAGUCCAUCCCCACGCAUGCAGCCCCAGCCCUCGCCACAUCACAUCUCCCCCCAGAUGCAGACUGGUUCCCCACACCCAGGCCACCUGAACCAGCACCACCCAGGUAUGGUGGUCCCUCCACAGCAACAGACAACGACCCAGCAACAGAACUCGAUGGAGCAGUUUGGGUCGGACCAGAGUGCCAUGCUGUCCCAGCUGAGUGGAAUGGCAGGCCUCCAUGGGCCAGGGGGCAAUGGUCAGGACCCGCUUGGCCAGAAUAUGAAUCACAACCCUUUAGACAUCAUGUAGGACAUCUGCUUAAUGUGUCAAGUGGAGCCUAAAUGCUCUGUGAUUCUUCGCACAAACUGCACUCACCCAGGACAGUGUUAUUGUUACUAGCCUUUCUUUUUUAUACUAUUAUUAAAUGUUAUUUAAAAUGUUUUCAAUAAAGAUGCAUUGAACUGAACUUCCUAUGGGAGAUGAACAAUAAAUCAAGCAGUCAUUAAAUAAAUUAGAAUAAAUGAAUUGUAAGUUAUUGCUGUUAAUAUAUUUUUUUUGCCAAUUGUGGACAAAGAGGGGGAUGGUUUCUCAGCGCCACCCCUCACUUCCACCUCUUGCUGAGUACAAGAAAAGGUGAUAUUUUUGGGGGUUUUGGGGGGUAAAUAGGAGUAAUUGCCUUUUUUAAGAAAUGUUUUUAAGAUUUUAAAAGUGGUCAAGAAUUAAAGAGGAGAUGAUUUAAUGCAAAGAACUUUUUUAUCGGUUUCAUUUCCCAUCAUUCAGUCUGUCUAUUUCUGUUCUGCAGAGUGAUGUGGAUUAUUAUUAUUAAUGUAAAUCCAAACAUGAUGCAUAUCUUAGUUUUUAAAUGUUUGGGUUUGCUUUAUUUAUUUUCUUUGGGGGGGUGGGCAGGGGUGUUAUGUAUCCUGAGACUGCUACAAUUCGUAUAGAAAUAUAUUUUUGUUAUUGACUGUUAAGAAGGGGUAGUGAAGAUAUCAUUUCACUUCAGAUGUCUUUAGUUGGGUCUGUCCAGGUGGGAAUAAUUAAAUGUCAGUGUUUUUAUUGCAGUGGUUGAGGGUCUGCUGUGAGAUGUCGAACGGACAUGUUGUGACAUCCCGGCCAGCUUCUGUAUUGGACAUCAGUUCAUGCUGGAAGGGACUCUUCCCUCGCAAACAUGCAAGCCCUCUCCCUCGAAUGUGUGUGCACUCCUUCCUUUAAAGACACUUAAUAUGGAGCAGUGGAGGCUUGGGGAGGGGGGGUGCAUACCUGUGUGCCUGUAACAUUUUGAGUACAUGGGCUGGGAUGUGAAAAAAAGUGGGUGGGGUGGGCUCCUUUUAGUGUUUUUAGGAUUCUACUGUUUGGAGUAAACAGAGGAUUUAGAUCCAAAUGAACUGUGUUGCACAGAAAUGAGGAGAAAUGAGGAGAUAUGAGCACUCAGUCUCCAUCUCUUUCGGCCUCGUCCCCUUUGCUGCUUCCCUUGGACUUUAAAUACCCUCCUCCUCCUCUGCUUCCUCCGCCUAUGGGGGAAGUUGUUCCCCCCUCCCCCAAACUCCAUCCUCUUUAUCUUUCUGCUAAGAACUUUGGGAGUUUAAUUUAAUAUUUUUUACUGUACAAAGGAAACACAAACUGUGGACUCAAAUACUGUUUUUUAUAAUAAAAUGAAAAUUACCAACA